AUUUACUGUGUUGGGAACGUGUGUGCUGCUGUGUCUGACAGGAAAAGGCAACAAUCAGCCACAGGCUUGGAGACAAAGGGGCAGCAAAUAAUAGGGGGAGGGGCUCAGACACUGAAUAGCCCACACUGUGUCCUGCCAACCAAACCUGAUGAACCAGUGCAGCCUUUUCCUUCCUAAGAGGGGAGGGGCAGACUGCUGCAGAGGAUAUGAUUGGCUUAAUAGUCAAAGGGCUGAGACUUGGAGUUAAGGGCUGUGGGUAAUUUUUGCCAGAACAGCCAAAAGGAAUCAGCCAGGCUACUUAGUAAAAGCCUCUGGGAGGGGAUCUGAGAGAUAUUUGUGCGGUACAGAGAUAUGUGAGGAAUUGUCUCCCGUCCCUUACUGAGCCGCUCUCACUCCCACCUCCCAAGCACCCGGGACCAUUGGUUUGUAGCCGGAGCAGGGAACUCUGGGAACUUCCACACAGGGAAGUAGUGCAAAUGCUUGUAUAGGAGCAGGCACAGAGCUGUUACCUAGCAACCAGCUGUAUAGUGAUCUCGGAGCUACAGGAAGUGACUCAGCAGCUAGGCAGGAAGAAGAAGUCAUAGAUUCUGGCAGAAAAGAAAAGUCUGGCAGAGAGAACCACAUGGUGGACAAAGAUAGAGAGAGCAGAGAGCUGAGACGAGGCUGCACCAAAAGUAUUUUCAAUUGGAUCGGGCUGCCACAGGGAAGCCACAUAAUGUGUCUGGAGAGACAGAGAGUGUGAAAGGAAUCCAGACUGGAGGAACAACCAGCAGGAGAUUCCUAUCUGAGCAUCCAAAGGGGCCGCUAGUCUCACUGUAUGACUGACUGUGCUGGAUUCACCUGUGCUGAUUUCAACUGUAAAACAUCUGAAGAGGAUUUAGAGGAUAGUCAAUGAGAAUGUGGGAGGAAGCGAGUGACACAGGGAUGAAGGGGGAGAAGAAGAAGGAUAAAAAUGAGGAGCGGGGGAGGAAGGAGAAAAUCGUGAAUCUCACACUGGAGAUGAUUUAUCUGCUGACUGGAGAGCACUACAUCCCUAGGAAGAAGUCAGAUGAUGGGGGGGCCCUGCAUGCCCCUGGCUCCGUCAUACAGAAGGAAAAUAACAAGAAUGACAAGAAGAUCCUGGAACUCAUGUCCAACAUCAUCCAGCUGCUGACUGGAGAGGUUGCCAUAAGGACUCAUCAUGUUUCCAUCUAUUUUACCUUGGACGAGUGGGACUAUAUAACAGGAAACAAGGACCAUUACAGGGAAGGGAUAAAGGAAGAUCUGCUGCAGCUACGACCACUGGACAGUGAAUGUAAAGAUAAGAGAGACAUUACAGCUGAUCUGGGAGGAACAUUAUGUUAUAAUAAAGAACCAAGCAAGAUUAGGAAUGAUGGAAAACUCACAAAGCAUGAAAUGUCUCCAGCGGAACAGCCCCCACCAGCCAAUGGGAUUAAAGAGGAACCGACUUCAUGGGAAGGAGGAAACCAAUCAGAUUGCAGCAUUAAUCAACAUACAGAACAGAUACAGGGAAUUGAUACACCUACUCCUAUCAUGGGAUGCAGCCUGAAUAACAGCUUGUCGGAGGAUUCUUUAUCGGUUGUUAUUAAAAAGGAAGCAGCUUCAUGGGAAGAAGGAAGAAAGCACCUUGCAGAACAAAGACAAAAAAUAGACACAUCUACUGUCAUGGGAACGAGUCUGAAUAACAACUUAUUCACUAAGGAUACAUCAGAUGGAAUAAAGGAGAAAUUGUUCUUAUGGGAAACAGACCAUACGUACUGCAAGAUAAAUACAAUUACAGGACAGAUACUGCAAACAGAUCAAAUAUCUCAUAUUAUAGGCUGCAGCCUAAAUAACAACUCACAAGGUGAUUAUGUAUCAUUGGUUAUAAAGGAGGAAGCAGCUUCGUGUGAAGGGGGGGACCAAUCAGAUUACAGCAUUAAUCCAUUUGGAGAACAGACACAGGGAACAGAUAAUCCUACUCCCAACACGGGGAUGUACAACUGUUCUGAGUGCCAUGAAUGUUUUACUACUGAGGCUGAUCUUCUUAGGCAUCAGGAAACUCACAGGGGAGCAAAUCCUUUUGUCUGUUCUCUGUGUAAGAAAAGUUUUGUGUGUCAUUCCGACCUUAUUGUACAUGUGCGCAGUCACAUAGGAGAGAAACCAUUCUCUUGUUCUUUAUGUGGGAAAUGUUUUAGUUGGGAAGUGCAUCUUACUGAGCAUUACGCAACUCACACAAGAGAGAAACCAUAUUCUUGUUCUGAGUGUGGGAAAUGUUUUACUCGUCGCUGGAACCUUGCUCAGCAUAGCAGAAGUCACACAGGACAGAAACGAUUCUGUUGUUCUGUAUGUGGGAAAGAUUUUUCAUAUCACUCACAAAUGAAAAGCCACUACAGGACACACACAGGGGAGAAACCAUAUAUUUGUUCUGAAUGUGGAAAAUCGUUUAAAGAUGGUUCAGGCCUUAGAAUCCACCAAAAGUAUCACACAGGAGUGAAACCAUUUUCCUGUUCUGAAUGUGGGAAGUGUUUCACCCGUCGCUCAGGCCUUACCGCACAUAUCAGAGUUCACACAGGAGAGAGACCCUUUCCCUGCUCUGAAUGUGGUAAAUGUUUCACCUGUCAAACAGACCUUGCCCGACAUCUCAGAAUUCACACAGGAGAGAAACCAUACACCUGCACUGAAUGUGGGAAAGGUUAUAUCGGUCGCACAGACCUUGCCCGACAUAUCCGAAUUCACACAGGAGAGAAACCGUACUCCUGCACUGAAUGUGGGAAAUGUUAUGUCGGUCGCACAGACCUUAACAGGCAUCUCAGAAUUCACACAGGAGAGAAACCAUUCACUUGUAGUGAAUGUGGCAAAUGUUUUAUCUUUUGCACAGACCUUAACAGACAUCUCAAAAGUCACACAAAAAAAAAACCAUUCACAAGUUCUCCUUGUCACUCAGAUCUUGAUAGACAGCACUGCCUUCCCAGAUGAGAAAAACCAUUUGCAUGUGCCUCAGACCUCAACGUACAUCACAGGAUGCACACAGUAGCAUACCGUACUUCCUAACUGUCCCGUUUGAGCAGGACAGUCCCGCUUUUGACAGCUCAACCUGCAGUCCCAUGUUUGUUACUGAAAUGUCUCGACUAUCUCUUUGAUCUCCUGCACUGAACGGCCAAAAAAAGAAACAAAGUUUCUAACUUAAUUGGCAGAGAAUCCAGAAACGAUACUUUGAUACUUUUGUAUCAAUUUAAGAUAACUAGUGGGAGAACUUAGACUCACAGCUUAAAAGGCAGUUCGCCUUCAUUAGCAAAACUGUACUAACACAUAAAAAUCACAGAAAUGUGUUCACACCUUCAUAACUUGGCAACUGUUGUAAAAUGGACAUGGUAAUUAGGAGGUGUGGUCAAAAAAAUCUUUUUUGAUCCCUUUUUCUGUUUCCAAAAUGUUGGGAGGUAUGCAGUAGAGAAACUAUUUUUAUGUUCUGAAUGUGGGAAAUAUUUUACCCGUCACCAGACCUUAACUUACAUCUUAGAAUCUACACAGGAGAGAAACCAUUCACUUGUACUGAAUGUGGGAAAGGUUUCCGUAACCGUGUAGACCUUAAAACCCAUGAGAGCAUUCACACAGAAGUUUUUCACGUCGUGAUCUGCUUAAUGCACAUUCCCAGUUACACACAAGGGAGAAACCAUUGUCGGAUAAUAACUGUACAUAGACAUUGAUGAGUGAGUAAAAUACAAUCGUGGUUCAACCAAAUUAUAAUUCCUUUUGGAUAAGGGAUAAUUCUCCUUCAAUACAACUUUAAAGGAGACAUAUUAUGUAAAAGAAAAAUGUACCAGUGCAUUAAACUAUUUUAGAUAUAGAACUGUGAUUUAAAAAGUUGUGAUUGUGGUUACUUUAUUGAAAACUUCUGCAAAAUCCCUACUAGUCCUGCCCAUCUGUUCCACUUCCUGCUGCCUCCUUUCCCAGGCUGUGCUGUGGGGCUGUGAUUCAUAAUUGCCUACACAAUUAGGGUUUUUUGUUUUGUUCAUCCAAUAUGUCUCCUUUAACUUGUCCAGUUCUGUCUCUCAGUAUUUCUCUGGUUUUAUUUCAAUGUGCUCCAACCACAACUCUGGGCCAGUUGGAAUGUGGUUGUUGUAUAUCCGUUCCCUGCCCCUCAGGUCUCUUCUCCAGUGAAUAAAUAAAGAGAUCUAUGGCCCAUAUAAUAAAGCUUGCCAUAUACAUUAUUAUGUGUGUAGAACUCGUGGGCUGCUGUGUGUCUGACAGGAAAAGGUCACUAGUAGGGCUGAGAGUUGAAGUUAAAGGAAAACGAUACCCCUCAAACAAUGUAGGGCUCUAUAAAAAUAUAUUGCAUAAAUCAGCUCAUAUGUAAAACCCUGCUUCAUGAAAAUAAUGCAAAUUAGAAAACAGGUGAAGCUUGUCGGCUUUUCCCACGGGUUAUCCUGUGUCUGAUAUCCCAAUUGCGUAAAUCUGUAGAAGUAUAGCGUUGUGGGACAAAUCCAAAGCAGCAACUUGACUGCAAAAACUCUUUAUUGGGGAGUAGAGAUACACAACAUGUUUCGGGCUGUGCCCUUUGUGAAGUGUGUAAAUAAACCAUUUUCAUAAUAAUAUA